ACUUGGAAAUCCCCCACUUUUGUCACCUGACACAUGCUUAUAWAACAGAACUGGGUUGUGCAGCCUGAUUCAUUUCAUCGGAACGUGCCCUACUAAUAGAUCCUGCAAAGUUGUUUACCGGUUUGAACAGAAAAUUCCACCGUAAUAACCAGCAGAUCUUGAUCUUGACCCCAAGCCAUGUCGUUGAAUGAAACAGAUGUUGCAGUCGUCGAGAAGGCAGUUCAAGAAGCUCUCGAGCAGCUAGAGAAACAUGCCCCUGAAGAGUACGCCAAGCUGAAUGCAGAUCCCGAAAAGAAGAAAGCCGUUACUGAGUCAGCGAAGAAUGCAGCGACUGAACACGUCAAACUGGCCAAAGAAUUUGCUGACCAACCAGAUGACAUCGCUGAACGACUUGCCAAGCAUCUUCCAGAACAUAGAAUAUUGUUACUCCAAAAAGGACUGGAAAUCCCGACAUUUCGAAUGAAUAUCRUCAAGAAGGAUGACGGGAAACACUGGGUGGAACUAACGAGAGAAGGGAAAGCACUAGAGCCAGCUCAAGCACUACUGGGUUCUGUUGACAUCGAUUGGGCAAAGCUUAAACAAUAUGCCAGCAUCUUGGUGGAAGCCAUAAUGCUUGUGAUGUCAGCAGCAGGGAUUUCUGUUUCCCCAAGUGCUAAAGCCACUGAGAAAGCCAUUGACGAGACGGUUGAGGCGAUCAAAUCCUCUUCAAGACUACAAAGAGCUUUAGAAUCCUUUGUUAAGGCCUGGAACGAAGCUGGAGGAAGUGCCUACCAAAAAGCAAAAGCUCUUUUCUUCCUGAUCAAGGACAGCUAUGCAGCUGGCAUUCUAUGGACCAUCAUUAAAGCUUUGUGCAGCAACAUGGCCUGGUAUGAUUGGUUAGAAACGUCUGCUAAAGUCACCGCCAUGAUUAUUGCAUCUCUGGCCACUGACGGUGCUGYCUUGAUCGCAGAAAUUGCUUUGAUUGCGUUGAGUGCAGUGGAUUUUGCGAGAAAGAUCGUCAACCUGAACCAGCUCGAAGCUAUCAAGAUGUAGAAGAGAUGGGAGAAACACUCACACUGAACUUGCUUUUUUACGAUAAGCACAUGAACAUGAUAAGGUUUGAAAUGAUAUAAAUUAGAAAAAUUGUAAGCUCGUCAUACUAAAUAUAAGCCAUGAAUGAUUAAGUUCCUUUAACUUUAAUUGUAAUUCUUGAUUGUGUGCAAAUAAAUUUGAAAUUAUAAA